AUGAAGGGGCCGGCGCCCGCCUGGCGGGCAGCUUGGAUCAUCUCUGCGCUGCUUUGGACGGUGGCGGGACGGCGCGAAGAUGCUCUGAUGGCCCAAACCUCCAGGAAGCUGCAACAGAGUCCCAAACUUCUCGAUGAACUUCCUGAAGUCAGGCCAACGAUCGCGGGGGGUGUUGAUGCACCUUGUGGGCGGUAUACAUACAUGGUGUCCUUGCGGGAUACACAGAAUGUGCACAUGUGUGGUGGCGUGCUCAUCGACAAGCGCUGGGUGCUGACAGCUGCCCAUUGCGUGGACCCCAACAGCAGAUCGUCACUGGGGCCAACGCCUGUUGUUGUGAUCGGAAGUUGUAAUCUGGGUGACAGAGAUAAUGUGGAGGUGGGCCACAGCAUGCCAGCUGUUGCUUUUCCCGUUGUUGAUUCUUUUCGUCAGGAACAUGUGUCCCAGUGCAAGUCCAAUGUCUGUGCCCAUGUCCAAGAAAUGUGGUGA